AUGGCCUGCACCACUUCCACAAAUGUCUUACCCGCCCCCUCAAGCGUAUCAACCACCUACCCGCAAAAGGUUCCAACCGAGGCCAGCAUACAAAAUGAAGAGGCAACAGUAAAAGGAAAAGACUUUCAAUCCCAUUGGAGAAUCAUAUGCCAGUUUGUUCCAAAAGUUGAGGCAAUUGGAUAUGUUGAAACCGAUUCAGAUAAAAAUGAAUAUGAGAAUUCUUCUGAGAUCCUUAGAAGUCCACGUGCUGCAAAGCUUUCAUCGCUAUUAGUCUCAGUUCCGGAGGUUGAUCUUAAGAACGAGCUGGCAAAAGGGACCCCAACGCAAUUUGCUAAAGUCAAUGUGAUGGAGACUUGCGAAGGCACCCACAUGGAAAACAGGGAACACAGAAAGUUUCAGCAAUCAGGCGCUCACCUGGAGAACAGGGAAACGGUUCAAGUUCAGGGAAACAAAAUUGGAAACCAAGGAAAAGUGAAAACCAAGAAAGCAGCGUCUCUGAAGCCAGUGGAAAGUGUAGACGAUGAGGAGAAGAGGGCGAAUAGGGAGCAUUAUAAGUUGGCUAAGAAAGAGGCAAAGUUAGCAGUUACGGCGGCCAAGACUGCAACUUUUAGUCGUUUGUAUGAGGAACUCGAGGGUCGAGGUGGGGAUAAGAGGUUGUUCAGGUUAGCCAAGGCGCAAGAAAGGAAGGCGCGUGACUUGGACCAAGUGAAGUGCAUCAAGGACGAAGAAGGUAGAGUUUUGUUAGAUGAGGGGCUUAUCCGUCGGAGAUGGCAGACCUACUUCCAUAGUCUCUUGAACGAGGAGGGGACAUGA